AUGAGUUCAACAUCAGAUAUUGAGAAGGAAAUUAAAAAUAUGACCUUGAAGGAAGGUGAUAAUUGGGCAGAUAGCGUCGUUAUCCCUUCAUCCUCUGUUACUGCUGUGGAUCUUACCGAGCAACAACAUGAUCCAAACAAUCCACUCUAUAGCGAACAAACUACCUUCGAAAGCAUGAAACUAAAACCAGAGCUUUUGCAGGGUAUUUAUUCUACCGGAUUCAAAGAACCAUCCAAUAUUCAAGCUAAAACUCUUCCUAUCAUUCUCGAGCAGUCCAUCAACUUGAUUGCACAAUCUCAAAGUGGUACCGGUAAGACUGCUUGUUUUGGCUUGGGUAUGCUUCAACAUGUUGACGAAAGCAUCGCAGCACCACAAGCCAUUUGUAUUUGUCCAACUUUUGAAUUAGCCACUCAAAUUCAUGAUGUUGUGAACGAACUAGGACAACACACAAAAAUUAAAUCCUUAUUGGUUUCCAAAGGAGAUCGAUUCAGCGGUGCUAUUACUCACCAAAUUGUGAUUGGUACCCCAGGAAAAGUUGAAGAGUUGAUAAGACGAAAAAACAUUCCUGUCUCUGCUAUCAAGUUGUUCGUUUUGGAUGAGGCAGACCAAAUGUUAGAAAGUCAACAAUUGAAAGAUCAAGCCAUGAUGAUUAAAGGGGCCCUUCCAAAGCAAUGCCGAGUUUUACUCUUUUCAGCCACCUACCAAGAAGAAGAUGACGGAAACCAAGGUAAAAAAGAAGAGGAAAAUUCAGCUGAAAAGGAAAAAAAGAUUUUAGAAUUUGCUGAAAAGAUUGUUCCACCACCUGUAAAGUCAAUUCUCAUUCCAAAGGAAAAGCUCACCCUCAAGCAAAUGAAACAAUUUGCAGUCAGAUGUAAAGAUGAAGAAGAAAAAAUUAAGCUCAUUCAAAAUAUUUAUGAAACCCUAAAGAUUGGUCAAAGUAUCAUUUUCGUCAACCAAAAGGCCUAUGCUGACAAGUUGGGAGAAAUUCUUAAACAGAGAGAUUUCACUGUCAGUGUCACACAUGCCAACAUGGAAAUUGCUGAAAGAAAGAGAGUUUUGGGUGACUUUAGAAAAGGAAAAGCCAAGAUUUUGAUUACCACAAACGUUUUCUCUCGUGGAUUGGACAUUUCUACUGUUACACACGUCAUUAACUAUGACUUGCCUAUCAUGUUUCAAGAAGAUCGAACUAAAAAGCAAGAACCAGACUACGCAACCUACUUGCAUCGUAUUGGUAGAACAGCAAGAUUUGGUAAGAAGGGUUAUGCCAUCAACUUGGUGAGAUCAAGAAGUGAUGAAGAGGUUCUCGAGCAAAUUAGAAAGUACUUCCAAACUGAAAUUGAAGAAAUUGACAAGGAAGACAUUGAUGAAAAAAUUAAAUAA